AUGAGGGACGGCGGGGCGUGGAGGCUGAAGCUCGCAUGCCUGCUGCUCGCCGCUGCUGUGCUUGCCAGCUUGAGCACCCUGGGACGCGCGGCGCAACAAUGCGAAUCGGUGAUAAGUCGUAGUCGCGACUACGUGCGCGAUCCUGGCCGCGUUUACAGCACUACGAACGUUAGAUGGACGCAUCUGGAGCGCGUGGCCGUGCUGGUGCCGAUGUGGCCCUCCCAGGUGGAGCGCUACACGACGCUGAUGAAGCGGCUCGAGGUUCUGUCGCCAUGCGAGUCCAGACUCGCGCACGUGGACCUUGUGGUUGCGCUGAGCGGCAAGGGCGCGGAGAGCAUGGACCACGCGGCGCUGCUGGGCCACCCUGUGGUCGAGCGCUGCUUCGGCAAGGCCUUGGUGCACGUGGUGGACAUCCCGCCGAAGUACGACGAACGGACGAUCGCUUCCACGUACGUCUUCUGGGUGCUCUUCGGGGUCCUGAAGGACCUCGGUUACGGCCACUUCCUCCAGGUCGAGCCGGACGUGACGCCAGUCAGGCCAGGUUGGCUGCACGAGCUCAGCGACGUGACGACGAACAAUGCCUGCUGCGAGCACUUCUGGCAGCGCGGAAGUGUUCCGGUGUGCUCUCCGACGUACGGCGACAUCGCAGCUCGGCGGGAUUUCCACAUCAAUGGCAAUGCACUGUACUGCACGGACGACCCCGCAUACGCCGAGUACAGAGACCGCGUGCGCCUGUACUACAAUUCGGACAGAAUCGGCAAGGCGGUGCCCGGUGCGGCGACGGGAGCUGAAUUCGAGGACGGUUUCGACCAUGCGAUGUACCGCUACCGUAUGCACCCUGACAACUUUGAGUACGCGUCGCACAUCAUGCACAAGUUUCAGGUCAGCGAUUUGUUGCUGAACAAGUGCGAAGACAAGUUUCGGCCAAAGGACAUCCGGGCACAGUUCCCCGACGCCUACCUCGUCCAUUCGAAGUUCUACUUCCUGCCACCAGCCGAGCAGCUCGUGCGCAGUGUCUUCGAGACGACCUUCGGGGUGUCGGCGCGGUACUGGGAGUUGGCGAAGAUGGUUGAGUUGGUGCAAGCCACGUGGGAUCAGGGACUGCCUUUCCCAAAGUCGAAGCUGGGCGACUCGGUGUGCAGCUCAGACGACAUCGUCACGGCUGAGCGCCGCAACCAACUCUGCCCUUGGGAGAGGCGCUACCCCGACAGACUGUACAUGUUGAGCGUCGAUCUACACGCUGGGCCCAUCGCGUGCAACAUGGACCUGUUCUACGACAUUGGCGUCGAGGUGCACCCAGAGAUCGACUUCAACAACUGCAUCUUCUUCAACACGUGCAAGGACCGCCUCAAGGUGCUAGAUUUCGACGACUGGCGCGGGUUCUCGCUUGAUCCAACGCCCGAAGACCUCCGCCGCGACUUCUUCGAGGCGUAUCGCAACGAUCCCGAGAUGCAGCGGGUGGACAUGGUCAUCUGCAGCCACCCCGCGGCGAACUGCGAGCUCUUCCUGCCGCUCAACAAGCCGAUGAUUGUGUACCUGACGACGCGCCUCGAGUUCGGGCGCAACGACGAGGUCGUCGCGUGGCGCAAGCCUUACAUCUCCGAGAACAGCCCACACCGCUGGAAGCAAUGGGUCGCCAACAUACAGACCAUGGCUGAGGACCCGAAGCACAUCUUUGCGGCGAACAACCUCUUCGACGCUGCCUACCUUCAGUACCACACGGGCGUCAAGGCGCUGACUCUGCCGUCGUGGUGCGGGUCGCACAUCAAGGCCAAGUGGGACCCGGACAUGAGCCUUCCCAUCCUGAUUGGGCCGUACCGCGACAAUCUGGACUUCCCGAAGUUCAGGAAGAAGGAAACGUGGGCGCAUCCCAUCAUGGCGGGGCUGCGGCGGGCCAUCAACGCCCACGCCUUCCGCAAGAACGGAUCCCCUCGCGUCAUCGAGCGCAUCCGCGACCUGUACGAGACGUUCCACUGGGAGAGCAUCGCCAAGCACCCGUGCAUGAUCUGGAUCCCCUACCAGCUGUCCGUGAUGAGCUUCUUCGAGGCGUACCGGACGGGCAUUCCCAUCUUCGCCCCGUCGCAGAGCUUGCUGAAAGAGUGGCAUGCCAAGCACAACGUCACUUGGGAACGCGUGUACGGGCACCCGGAGCGCCUGGACGAAUCAUGGGAUAUACCGUUUUCCCCAAACUCGGAGGACGACGAGUCGUUCUCGUUCUGGCUCGAGUACGCGGACUUUUACCAGAUGCCGCAUGUGCAGCUUUUCGAGUCCUGGGACCACCUCAUGGAGCUGCUGGACACCGUGGACCUCCUAGAGAUUCACAAUGACAUGAAUCGCUACAGCAAGCGUCUCUACGUAGGCCUCAAGGCGGCGUGGAAGGCCCGCAUCAACGAGGCGAUGGCGCACGCGCAUGACCGGCACAUCAUUCCGCAGCUUUACCAGCGCUUCGAGGACAAUCCUGCGCACAUACAGCUCAUGCGCCAUUUCGACACAGGGCGGAAGUCGCGUUUCGCCUGCCGCACGGGCGACGGGCGCCAGUGUAGCGAACUGCGUGACCCCAAAUACUUCGACGAAAACGAUUGGCUGCCGCAACCUGCCCAUCACGAGACAGGCCACCAUAGUACUUCGAUGGUCCCGACGGGAGGACGCAGCGCCGACGCCCUGUACCGGGCCAUGGUCACGCCAACGAUGCAGGUCGCGAUCCUGCUUGUGUGCAUGAUGCUUGCGAUCGUGCUGUGCCGAAUCCGGCGCUCGAAGCUGCCGAACGUGAUGCGCAAGAUGAAAGCGUCCACGUUCGCGCUUGUGCGGCGGAAAGACGACAGUGACAAGCUCUGA